AUGGCGUCCCAAACCCCAGCCGUUGUCAUGGACAACGGUACUGGAUAUUCGAAGCUUGGUUUCGCCGGUAACGACUCGCCUUCGUUCGUCUUCCCUACCGCGAUUGCCAACAAGACCGGUGCCGGAGGGUCUUCCAGCAGACCCGCCGUUGGAAACAAACCAUCGUUCCUGUCUGGUGGUGGUGGUGGGGCAAGCUCCAACCUGUCAGUGAAGCGUGGUGCAGAGGACUUGGAUUACUCUAUCGGAGAUGAAGCUUUGGCUGCUGCCAACGGUCCUGGAUACGACCUGAAGUAUCCGAUUCGUCAUGGUCAGAUUGAGAAUUGGGACUCGAUGGAACGGUUCUGGUCGAAGUCGAUCUUCAAGUACCUCCGGGUUGAGCCCGAGGACCAUUACUUCCUUCUUACUGAACCACCCCUGAAUCCCCCCGAGAACCGUGAGAACACCGCCGAGAUCAUGUUCGAGUCGUUCAACUGCGCCGGUCUCUACAUCGCGGUCCAGGCCGUCCUUGCGCUGGCUGCAUCCUGGACGUCCUCGAAAGUGACCGAUCGAUCCCUGACCGGAACUGUCAUCGACUCGGGUGACGGUGUGACCCAUGUUAUCCCCGUCGCGGAAGGCUACGUCAUCGGAUCCUCCAUCAAGAGUAUACCUAUUGCCGGUCGAGACAUCACCUACUUCGUGCAGAGCUUGCUUCGUGACCGUGGCGAGCCGGAUAGCAGCUUGAAGACCGCAGAGAAGGUCAAGGAGGAAUACUGUUACGUCAGCCCCGACAUUGUUAAGGAAUUUGCCCGCUACGACCGCGAGCCCGACCGCUUCCUGCAGCACACCGUAACCUCGCCCAACGGCCGAACAGUGAACAUCGACAUUGGGUACGAACGGUUCCUGGCCCCCGAAAUCUUCUUCAACCCCGAAAUCUAUUCGUCCGACUUCCUGACCCCCCUGCCGACCGUCGUCGACGGCGUUAUCCAAUCCUCCCCGAUUGAUGUUCGGAGAGGUCUUUACAAGAACAUUGUUCUGUCCGGAGGAUCGACCCUAUACAAGGACUUUGGCCGGCGUUUACAGCGUGAUAUCCGUCACUUGGUGGAUGCUCGUAUCCGUGCUUCGGAGGCACGCAGUGGAGGAGCCCGGAGUGGUGGUUUGGAUGUGGCCGUCGUCACACACAAGCGGCAGAGGCACGGUCCCUGGUUCGGAGGUAGCUUGCUUGGCCAGACGCCUGAAUUCCGGAGUUACUGCCACACCAAGGCAGAGUACGACGAGAUUGGUCCCAGCAUUGUCCGCAGAUUCGCUUUGCUUGGUGGCCCUGGUACUUAG